AUGGUCCAAAAGCAGGUAGCAGGAAAGAAACGAUGUGUGAGCGACAUGACCUGCCAGGCCCUUUGGGAUAACACCGGCUGUGGGUUUAGCAUGGAGUCAAAAGCCGGUGGCUUGCCAACAGUUCCAGAGCGAGAACUGUACCGCAGCGUCCAGGCUAUGCUGCCUAGAGAAACGGACAUCCACCAUUCCCCUGACUGUCUCAACAAAGGAAUGUUAAGAUGGACGCUACACAAGAAGGUUCGGAACAAUCCUGCCAACGGCUUGUCUCUGCUGUGGGUUCUGAUAAAAGAGCUAGAAAAGGCGGAGAGAUGGGCCAGUCAUGAAUACAUCAUUCCUUUGCUCCACACGCUGAUGUAUACAAUCAUUCAGACGGCCUACAUCCCAGAUGAGUUGUACAAGCGUGUGUAUAACUUCUGCAAGAGACUGCUGACCUACCCUCAGCCCUACUGCACCGUUGGCCUCAGCUACGCGAGAAGGCUCAAAACUGAACGCGUCGUUCCAGGUCUGCUGUAUCAGAGGAUGGUAGUAGCAGAGCAGAGACUAAAGAAUGAGCAUUAUCCCUAUCAGGACAGGAUUUUUGUUCUGGCUGAUCCAAAGGUCUUUUCUGACUCUCUGGCACAAGUUGUGCUGGCUGACAUUGAAGCAGCAUCAGCUUCAAGUCCAAUAGAUCACAUGCGCCGCGUGGUCCAACACUCCAUUCAGGCCAAUUUAGGAGAGAGGUACAAUGGAUACAAACUGGCUGAAACCUUAAAGGAUAUAGACAUCGAACCUUAUUUUCAGGAUGUAAUGGCGACUGCAGAGCGGUGUGCGGAAGAGAGUCGCGGCAGGGUGGGGAAUGCACCGAAGAGCCAACUUCAGAAGCUUUGCAGCAACGUUAUUACAUCGGUGAACUCAGAGACUGCUUCCGCUGGACCAUUUGACUGCCCCCUUCCUAAUCCUGAGAUGAGCUUCCACCUGUGGACAGAGGAACUGGAUAUCUGGCGGGAGGUGGCCAAAUGGCUGCGAUCCAGCUCUUCACAGGAGCAGUUUUCCCUCACCCCUGAACAUGAAGACCCUGAGCUGGGUGACUUGCCUAGUGACCUGAUGCCACCCGACAAGGCCCGCUUCUCUGUCAUGUCCAAUGACAGCGGUAUCGAAAGAGACCUGUCACUCGCUGGUGACGCUUCGCCGUUGGCAUCAAUCGAUUCUGGCUGCGGAACUGCGUCAUGGGACCCCUGCAAGAGCAUGCACUCUGAGCAAGAUUCAGUUAGGUUGUCCCGACGUGGAGGCAUGAAGGUGAAACCAUCUGUGAAGGACAGCGUUGCACUAUUGCAGGACACCCUAGAAGGUCAUACAGGAGGGCUUGGAUACAGCAGGGGGGGAGGACGAGAGGCUACGCUGCAGAGGGGAGCAGGAAGCAAUGCCACGCAGACCCCAAUUUCCAAACAGCAGAGGCUCUUUACUGCCAGGAUUGUCGUUAUGGGGGGUGACAGCAUAUUGGGCCACCUGGCUAAAGCCUACUACUGCUUAAGGAAAAGGGAAGCGAGGAGAAUUUUUCUUACAAUGAAAGUCAACCUACAGUUUUACUACAUCCCUGUUUGCACAGUGCCAACCGCUACCUCCUCUGACAAAGAGAACCAUCAGUCCAAGCAGAGUUUGUGUACUCUUGGGUCCUUUUUGAGCAUUGUGGACCCAUGGUACAACUGUAACAUCAGCAGUUUGGGCUGCAUGAUCCCCAAAAUGGCUCAAAUGCAACAGACAAACUCAUCAAGGCCUAAAGAGCCAUUUGUGUCUGACGUCAUUUCCUACUAUGUACGAAUGGGCCAACAGCCAGUUUAUUUCAACAUCUACUUUGUUAAGAUUACCUUUUCAAGCAUGACCAAGGAAACUGUGGAGGACGUCUUCCUGACACAUUUAGAGGUGGAUGUUCCUGAACUCAGAAACUCUUCGGCACCAAUGAGAGAAAAGCAAAAGAAGAGUGUAGCAGAUGUAUGUGGAGCUCUUGUCGGCAUCAGUUAUAAAAAAGUGACGCUAAGCGGCCGGGACACUGAAAGAGGGCUUCCCAUGAGGACAACAGGCGCUAACAUCAGUGCUAUUCCAUUGAGUGCAAAAGAAGAUCUUAACUGUUUGACACUCCUUUUGAAGGAAUGGCCAGGCAAAGCUAAAAACAAUUCUACUGACUUCAAAAUCAGAAGCAACAACAUCAAGCUGUGUUUAUUGGACAGUCGGUCAUCGCUUAGAGUUACGUUAGACAGGGAUUGUCGAAGGACUUACAAUGAUGUGCAGAGCAUUGAAAUUGUUCCCUGCCUUGAGCCUGGAUACUGCAUCCAAAAAAAUAUAAUGUCCAAAUUGAACCUGGGAGAGGACGAGGAUGUAGGACUGAGCAAGUACAUGACCAAAGGACUCCCUCUGCCUGUCAACACCUUUGCUGGCAUCAUCAACUGA